GGAACGAAAGGGAAAACUGCACCACGUUGAGCUCCGAUCGAGCUGGGAGCUUUUUUUCUGUAGUUUUAUAUCGAUACCUAUAUCUGUACUUUGCAAAGAUUUCUCAUUCUGCCCGAGUAUAUGGUACGCAGCCGUAAUCUUCGAACGUUGACCACCUGGUGAACACUUCUCACCACCAUCCUUUGUUGACAAUGCGUUUCGGCAAAACCCUCUCCGAUUCCGUUUACCCGCCGUGGAAGGAUAAGUACCUCGAAUAUGACAAGAUUAAGAAACUACUGCGCGAGGACGAAACCUCCCCUCAAGGCCGGGCCGGUGACGGCAGCGGGCAAAGCUGGACAGAGCAAGAUGAGGAAAACUUCGUCCACGAACUGACCGUGGUUCAGCUGGAAAAGGUCAACCAGCACCAAGUUAACACCUUCAAUUCCAUCCGCGACCGAGCCGCCGCUUGCGAGGCCAAAGUCCCUAGCCCGGACAAAGACGAUGCCGGAAUAUCAGAGGAAGAGUGGAAGGCCGUGGCAAAGGACAUGCUGAGAGAGCUGGACGGGAUAUCCAAGGACCUGAACGAACUUAGAAAGUUCAGCAGAAUAAAUUACACUGGCUUCCUGAAGGCAGCCAAGAAACACGACAGGAAGAGAGGACUCAAGUACCGCGUCCGACCUAUACUGCAGGUCCGCCUCGCUCAGACCCCGUUCAAUUCGGAAGACUACUCUCCGUUGCUCUACCGUCUGUCUGCCAUGUACUCCUGGGCCCGCCAGAUGCUGGGAGAGGAAGCCUCCGGCAAGGAAGCCGACACAGAUAUCCGACCCAAAGAUGUCUACACGGCACACAAAUACUGGGUGCAUGUCGACAACAUCCUCGAGGUCAAGACGCAUAUUUUGCGUCGUCUGCCUGUUCUUGUCUACAACCCGCAGUCUGUCAAAGUGGUUGACUCGGCACAAAAGGACCCCACCCUCACGUCCAUCUACUUUGAUAACCAAAGCUUUGACCUGUACAAUAGCAAGGUUGGGACGACGAGCGCCGGUGACUCUGUGAGACUUCGAUGGACGGGACUUCUCAACGACAAGCCAGAGAUUAUCCUGGAGAAAAAGACAGUCGGAGAAGACACUGAAAGCAGUGACACCAGAAUUUCCAUCAAAGAGAAAUACGUCACUCCGUUCUUGAAGGGCGAAUACAAGAUGGAAAAGCAGAUCAAAAAGUUGGAAGAACGACUUGGACCUGAUCACCAGGAGGUUGCAGAGUUCAAAGCCGAUGUCGAGGAGAUUCAAUCUUUUAUCAAGGAGAAGAACCUUGAACCAGUCCUGCGAGCAAGUUAUACCCGUACAGCCUUCCAGAUUCCAGGUGACGACCGCAUCAGAGUUUCUCUCGAUACCGACCUGGCGUUCAUCCGCGAGGACGCACUGGACGAGGAUCGGCCAUGCCGCGACCCGGAGGAUUGGCACAGAUCUGAUAUCGACAAAAACGGCAUGGAAUAUCCAUACUCUGCCAUCAAGAAAGGAGAAAUCACCCGGUUCCCUCACGCCGUUCUUGAGAUCAAGGUCAAGGACUCCAAAUUUACUAGGAACAAUGCCUGGCUACACGAUCUCAUGAAUUCCCAUCUUGUCAAGGAAGAGAAGAGGUUUUCCAAGUUUGUACAUGGUGUUGCGCAGCUCUUUGAAGAUUACGUCAACAGCUUCCCGUUCUGGUUGAGUGAUCUUGAGACGGAAAUUCGAAGGGAUCCUGUCACAGCCUACCAAGAAGAGCAAGAACGCGAACAAAGACGAGCAGAAGACGAAAUGGCCGUCGGAAGCUUGUUGGCUAAUUCAAAGCUCGCCAGCUCUCCUAGAGGAAAGACCGGGUCGCUUGGGAAGUCGCCUGGCAAGUUCCCCGAACGGAGAAUGUCGGGUCAACUUUCACAAUCUGUUCAAUCUCAAUCCAGGCUGAGACAGUCCACUCAACUCGAGACUACAGUUGAGGAACAUGAUUCCGAUGAAGACGGGAUCCAAGCCACUUCCGAAACCUCCAAAGGUGGCUUACGGGCAUACCUGCCCGCUUUCUCGAAUUCACGAUACGCCCGCCGUCGCCGCCAGAAAAGCCCUUGGGACAAUGCGCCGCUUCCACCUGGAGUCAAAGAACCUGGGUUCUGGAUCAAGGAUCAGGGUGAAUUGAAAGUUGAGGCCAAGGUAUGGCUCGCCAAUCAACGAACAUUUAUCAAAUGGCAGCAUAUUGCGGUCCUCCUGGCCACCUUGUCCCUGGGGCUGUACAAUGCUGCAGGUGUACACAACAACAUCGCUCGGACUCUGUCAGUGGUCUACACUGCAUUUGCGGCCUUUGCGGCAAUAUGGGGAUGGGGCGUCUACAUGUGGCGAAGCAAGUUGAUCACGGAGAGAAGUGGUAAGGAUUUUGAUAAUGCCAUUGGGCCUUUCGUGGUGGCUAUUGGUCUUGCUUGCGCUCUGAUUCUGAACUUUGCUUUCAAGUAUCAGGCUGCCGUGGCAAACAGCAAUCAAGGGAUGGGAAACGCUACGAGCAUCUUGUUACCCAUGGGCAUGCAAAUGAGAAUGGGUGAUGUUAAUAGUGGAUUGUAUGUGCAGAGUUCAUGAUUAUGUCGGGCAGGGAUAUUGAUAUGAAAAGAUGUGCAUCUAAUAUGUGAGGAUGGGUGAGGCAGGAAAAGGGAGGAAAAAGGGGUCACGAUGCUCCAUACUCGUUCUGAGUACUUGUUGAUACGUAGGUAAUGAAAGAUACAGGGUUUUCAGAUCAAC